GAAACACACUGUGCAGUCGCUUUAGUCGCGCGACUAAAGCGAAUUGAUGCGCGCGCGUUAGUCGCUUGAACGUCAGAAACACACAUGCAAAAGCGAGCAUUGCGACCAAAUUUCGACUAUCAACAUGGCGUCUAGUCAUCAGGCUAAGUUACUAGCAUCUGUUUGCAUUUUGUACGAGCUGGAAGAGGUUGAAAAACGGAAAAAAAAUGAUAAAAUGAAAAGGUGGUGGGUUCGUCAAUUAAACAGGCAAAGGAGAACACAAGGAGAUUUUCUGCACUUGGUACAAGAACUAAGAACCGAUGAGGAGCAGUUUAAUUUGUAUUUUCGCAUGAGCCCUCAAAUAUUUGAUGAGCUGCUGGCUUUGGUUGGUCCAUCUCUUCGUAGGCAAGAUACUCAAAUGAGGCAAUCAGUUGGACCUGCUGAAAGACUAGCAAUCACAUUAAGAAGAUUGGCUACAGGUGAUAGCCCACAGUCUAUAGCAUUUGCUUAUCGUCGUGGGGCUAGCACAGUUCGUGCGGUUGUUUACGAUACGUGUAAUGCACUUUGGAGAGUUCUUGUCCCCACAUACAUGAAGGCUCCUUCGCAACCUAGUGACUGGAAGAAAAUAUCUGAAGGAUUUGCUUAUACAUGGAAUUUUCCAAACUGCAUUGGAGCACUAGAUGGAAAACAUAUCGCUAUUCAGGCUCCGAGAAACUCUGGAUCUUUAUAUUUCAAUUAUAAAAAAGACUUUUCCUUGGUGUUAAUGGCUUUGUGCGAUUCCCAGUACAAAUUUAUCUUUGUGGAUAUUGGUGAAGCUGGAAGAUGGAGUGAUGGGGGAGUUUUUGCUAAUUCACAAUUUGGAUCAGCUUUUUUAAAUGGUGAGAUGCAUCUACCUGCUGAUGAGCCUUUACCAGGAACAAAUGAAAGCCUUCCUAUACUGUGGUUGCAGAUGAGGCAUUUCCUCUUAAAACCUGGAUGA